CUGCUCCUAUUGGUUUAGCGGAAGGUCAGCUGCUGCAGCAGGGACCCACGUGCAGCUACGCGCAUUUCAAGAUCAAGAUGGCAGCCUCCGUGUGUCGGUGCUACGAGCUUGUUGGCAGACGAGCCUUGGCCCUCUGCCCCCGGGCUCUGGUCUCUCCAGCGUGGAGAGGAGAUGCCUACACGUUACAUCGGAGCUCAGCUGCAAACGUGCAGGUGCGAUAUGCUUCAGGACGUAAAGGUUUCCUGGGAGAGUUUGUGGAUAAUCUGCGUCAGGAAUUCAGUAAGAAUCAGGAGAUGAAAGAGAACAUAAAGAAGUUCAGAGAAGAGGCCAAGAGGCUUGAGGAGUCCGAUGCUCUGCAACAAGCUCGCAGAAAAUAUAAAUCUAUAGAGUCUGAGACAGUGAAGACUUCAGAGGUGUUUAAGAAGACCUUUGGCUCCCUGUCAGAGACCGUCAAGGAGGGUCUUGAGGAGGUGAGUCGUACUGACAUCGGGAAGAAGAUCAAGGAAAGUGUGGAGGAGGCUGCCAAGACAGCCAUACACUCUGCUGAGACCGUCUCCAAAGGGGGAGAAAAACUGGGCAGGACCGGCGCAUUCAGGGCCAUCUCACAGGGUGUGGAGACCAUGAAGAAGGAGAUAGAUGUCGGCGAUGCUGGCGCUUACAGAGCUCCCUCGCAGCUAAGGAAGAGAAGCGAUUUCUCCUCCAAAGGAGCCGACAGCGACUCCAGAGUGUUCGAGGCCAAUGAAGAGGAUACGGGUGUUGUUCUCCACAAGGAUUCAAAGUGGUACCAGCAGUGGAAGGAGUUCAAGGACAAUAACGUUGUUUUUAACAGAUUCUUUGAGAUGAAGAUGAAAUAUGAUGAAAGUGACAACGCCCUGGUCCGAGCAUCCAGAGCUGUGACUGACAGAGUCACCGGCUUCCUAGGUGGUCUUUUCUCUAAAACGGAAAUGUCUGAGGUGCUGACAGAGAUCGUGAAGGCAGACCCCACCUUUGACAAAGACUCUUUCCUCAAACAGUGUGAGAAAGACAUCAUCCCUAACAUACUGGAGGCCAUGAUCCGUGGAGAGCUGGAUGUAUUAAAAGACUGGUGCUAUGAAGCUACGUACAGUCAGCUGGCUCACCCCAUCCAGCAGGCCAGAGGGCUGGGGCUGCUCUUCCAGUCCAAAAUCCUUGACAUUGAUAACAUAGAUCUAGCGAUGGGUAAGAUGAUGGACCAGGGCCCAGUGCUGAUCAUCACCUUCCAGGCUCAGGUUGUCAUGGUGAUCCGCAGCCCCAAAGGAGAAAUUGUGGAAGGAGAUCCGGAGAAGGUGAUGAGGAUGAUGUAUGUUUGGGCGUUGUGUCGGGACCAGGAGGAGCUGAACCCUAACGCAGCCUGGAGACUCCUGGACAUCUCUGCCUCCAGCACCGAGCAGGCUCUCUAGGAGGAGGGAGAGUGCAGAUGAAAAGGCAGACAUGGGACACACCAACUGUAAAGGGCAGAAGAUACAGGGAUGUGCCUGGAACACCUGCACGUACUGACUCACACAUACAUAAACAUCUGAGCGCAGAGUUCACCCAUGCUCCUGUGUCAUGCCAAAGACUGUAUUUGCACACACACUCACAUUUCCAAAAUGCCGCUCAGAGGACUCAUGUGCACAUGUAUAUAUUCAUCCACUCUAUGGUGCAAGGAUAUACAUGAACGUAGAGAUAAACUACCGGUAUAUGAUAUGUGAUAGAAAACGUGCUUGCGUCCUGCAAUGUGUGUGUGUGUGUUGUCUCUUGCACCGGUCAGCUCGGUGUUUGGGUUUCCAGGUGGAGCGUGAAUACAGAACAUUUUCGAAUGGAAGGAACCAAGUUUUUCACAAAUUGGCUAAAAAAAUUAGCCCGUGCCAUUCCUUUCAUUGUUUUAUCCAAUGGUAGAGUCCAUCUAUACCAGCCUGGCCGCUAGUUUUAAGAAGACCGGUGGGAAAAAAUGGACAUGGCACCUGUGACUUUGCCCUCUCGUCUCGAGAGAGAUAUCUGAAGACUAAAACUAGGUUUAAUGUGUCAAAUAAUAUAAACAGGAAAUACAAAUUUCAGUUUACACAUGAAGAUCGGUUUACUUGUCACAAGGAGUCUACAAGUUAUGUAUAAUGUCAUCCGUGGCUCUAGAGGGAGAUUUUGAAAAUAAAUAAAAUGAUUUAAAAAUAUAAAAAUAACCCUGAUGAUGUCAUCAGAGUAACCUCAGAUUGGGCUUGAGACAGCUAGAAAGGGUCUAACGAAAGAUGCCAUUUGCAUUAUGGGAAACAGUGUUUUUCUAGUCUGGCUUACGGGAUGUACGGUGCGGGUAUAAAGCCUGACGCGCCUGUCUGUGAGGAUCUGCCAACAAAUGUGUGUACAAUUUGCCUAUGCAAACACCAAAUGUAAAAAGAACUGCAUGUCCACUUUCUGGAGUAUAUCUGGCCCUUCAAUGACGCCUUAACAAACAACACUUUAAAAUCACCAAAAAAAGACACAUAAGGUGAAAUUCAGCGAGACACAGUCUUCAAUGUUUUUAGAGAGAAAAUGGCUGAAGUUUUCUUUUUCUAGGCCAAAUUCCCAUGGACCAUUAAAUGAAAAGCAUCUUAAAAAGGGGCUGUACUCGAAAUACUGGAGAGUCAUUCUCUGCUCAGGACGCCAUUACUCCACUUUAUCUUUACAUAGCAAAUAUUUGUUUGCUGCUACAUUAAUAUUCUGACUAUUGAGUACAGCCCCUUUUUCUAGCAUUGGCUUCAAAAUUCAGCUGAGGUGGUUUCUGCUUGGUUCCUGCUGGCUUUCACAUCAGAAACCUAUCAAAAACAUACAUAGUACAUCAAGUAAGAUAAGGAUUGACCCAUAUAAUAUGGCUCCAUGCUGUGAUGUGUACUGUAGCUCAAAGCGCCCGAGAGAACACAAGCAGCUGGAGAAAACAUGUCCUUGUGUUUGUAUUUGAAAGUCUGCAUACGUUUUCUCAAGUUGUUGUGCAUUGGGCUCCCAGCCACUGUAUAUUCUGUACACCGUCAAUAAGAAGAACUGUAUUGUAUCUCCAUAUUAAUAUAAGCUCUCAACUCCUUGUAAAUAUAUUAAAUGUCGAGUACUGCUUCUUUGGGACCACAUUCAAAUAUGUCAUCAUGGCAGCUUUGUUGUUUGAGGAUCAUUUGCCAUCUCAUGCUGUACAUUUUUCAGCUGUUUGUUUUACUAAAAAUGUUUGUUUUGCUGUUAUGCAUGUGUUUUUUCAUGAGGUUAGUGCUGAAGAUGAAAACUUGAAUGAAUAAGCACAUUACUGUA